AUGGCGUCGCGUGUGAGGCACGCGCGACGGUUCGCGAGCGCCGCGGUGGGCGCUACACCCGCGAGCGAUCUCGUGCGAGACGCCGGGGAGCAGAUUCUGCGCGCGAAACCGAAGAUGAUCGCGUUGAGCGGACCCGCCGGGUUUCUGGGCUCGCGCGUGCUGGACGCGGUGCUGGACGCGCAGGAAUUUCGUAGACGCGAGGGAGUGGAUCCGGGAGAGGCGCUCCUGUUAUCGGCGUCGCCUGGGAAUCUGAUGUCAAGAUUAACAGCAAAGUACGGAUUGGAGCGGUUGAAGUCGGUCAGGGCGUCGAGGGUGGAUUAUUACUACCAGCACGACGCGGAUACGUGGCAGGACCAGCUCGGGUCGCUCGGGAUGUCUGGUGAGAAUUCAGUGUUCGUGAACCUGGCGGGCUUGGCGGGACCGGUGACCGGACGGCCUGACGCGAUGAUGUGCGUGAAUUACAAGGCGCCCGUGGCUGCGGCGCGGGCGUGUCAGAACUUGGGGUUCGGACACUUUAUUCAGAGUAGCACGCAAGCGACCAAGGCGGAGCGCGCGGGACAGGUACCGUACAGUCGGUGGAAGGCGAUGGCGGAUUUCUCGCUCGCCCGGUUGGAGAAAUUACCGGUGACUGUGUGCGCGCUGGGAAUGUUGUACGAUAAGGAUCAGGGAAUCGUCGGUCAGCGCGGCGAUUUGUUGAACAUGAUUGACUUGACGCUUCUGCCGUUAACUCCGAUAAUGGGCGACGGUUCGGCCCCAUUGCAGCCGCUCGAAGUGAGCGACGCGGCAAAUAGAUUGGCAUUUUUAGCGCUCACGGAGGUGGGCGAGUUGCCGGUUCAAAGUUUGGGAGGUGAUGGAAACGACCCAAUUUGGACCCGCGAGUCCUGGUCGCGCAUUCUCGCCGAGAACGAAACUAGACACUUCACCUUGCGCAUGUAUGACGCCGUUGGACCGGACACGAUGAGCAUGCUUGACCUGAAUAAAAAGUUCGCGCAACUCAACAAGCGUAAGCUCCGGGCGGUGCAUGUCGAUUACAGAAACUUUGAACGCGUACUAAACGUCGCGUCACUCGGCAACUUGAACAGACAGUUUGUUUCGCUCUUGAGAAGCGAACAGGACGCGGAUCAACCCAUCGUCGGGAACCCGCACGCGUUCGAGAAACUAUUAGGUUCGGACAUAAAGCUCUGUUCGCUGAACUCGCUCGAACAGGUCACCAACAGGCGUCGUUUCCCGUACGCCGCGACGCUCGGAUGGGCGCUGCAAAAUUACGGCGUCAUCUGGCCCGGGAUCCUCCUCGGCACCGAGAUCUUCGUCUCGUACCUCUUCGGACAAAAAUACUCCACCGAAGACUACUGGCGAUACACCCGUCUCACCAUGAAGACCAUCUUCCUCGCCAGCGUCGUCGGCGGAGGCAUUUACGUCGGCGGAGAAUCCGCGCAGACGAUUCUAGAGUUUCUCCGCGCGGCGCUUCCGCCCCCCCCCGCGCCGCCCUCGACGUGA